UCCAUUGGUGAGACCGGCCAUCAGGCAAAUGGGUCUACGAGUACUGGGGAAGUUCCCAAGGUUGGCUCCGCAUCCCGAUUCGCACCCUUCACAUCCUCAUCUCGACCACCCAAUUACGAGGGUCACGUUCCGCUCAGUUUUCUUGAGAGAGGAUUGUCAUCGUGGUGGGUUUGGCAGUGAUGUCGCUAUUGAACGCCCGACGAGGAGGUAUUUUCUUUUACUUUUUCAGUUCAGCCUAUAUCCCGAACUACGAUAGUUGUUUUGUUCUUUAUGUAUGCGGCAUGAACCACCACCCCUACCGGGAGUGCUAAUAUAUAAGUAGACUUGAUCGCAGCUCUCGUGGAAGCCACGGUGACGCCAUACCUAAUACACAGGCUCCGGGAUGCUAUGCUAUCCUCCUCUACCGGCCGGAGGAUUCUCAAGGAUCGCGCAAGGAUUAAUUCCACUACGGUGAGCUUGGAGUGGCUACGGAAUUUACCGGACGUUACCAUGGGCAGGGAAUAUGCAGCGUAUCUAGAUAGGGAGAGCGUCUCCCUAGAUACCGGAUCUCUGGUAUAUUGCUCUCCCCACAUAAAUGCACUAAGGAUCUCUAAAUGUAUCGUUGGACAUCUUGCUAUAUUCGAAUCAACAGAGUUUUGACUAUCGUUGGGAGAAGUACAGCCGGACUAGAGUCUUGCGACCUACGUAGGGGGGGAGAAUAUCGGGAAUGGAUUGCUAACGAGAAGCGGGUACGAUGUGUUGAUGAUCCUGAAUGAGCCUAUGUUAUGCAGAGAUACCGGGAGUGUCACAACUUCUAUCACGCUCUUACAGGGCUACCUGUCAUAGCUGAGGGAGAGGUUGUUUUGAAGGCUUGUGAAUUUGCAAAUACACUUCUUCCCAGGACUGGUCUAAGUAUGUUUGUGGUUGUGGGGCUGGGGCCGGGGGAGGGGGGGGAGGGUCCUAACCAGGUGCUUUCCUUGCGCUAUCAGAAAUGGAUUGCAGGCCAAGGAAGUGAUCAACAUCUAUUGGGAAGAGGAGUUGGAGACUGAUGUGAAGCAGCCGAGGAAGAGAAUCGGCUUGCAGAAGUCUCCAGAGUAAGCCUUACGAUAUUUGAACAUUGGAAUCGGCGCUAAUAAGACGCAUUCCCCACUGUAGUCUGCGAGAGAUCAGAGCAGAACUGAGGGCUCGGAGAAAGGCCGACAAGGCCGCAAGGGAGUGCGUGCGACAUUGGAGUGCUGCUUUUACUAUUGCCACCACCUCAUAA